GUUUUCAGCGCCUGUGGCCUGCACGCGUUACUCUUUCCUCGUGGGCUGGAAGCAGAGGUUCGGACACCAGUACGGCCAUGUUUACAGAGCAGGCCACCCAGAGGGCACCCACGCUGCUGUCUCCACCUUCAGCCACAAAUGCCACCUUUGCUCGGGUGCCUGUGUCCACCUAUACUAACGCAUCGCAGCCCUUUCGGCUGGGUGAGCGCAGCUUUAGCCGGCAGUAUGCACACAUUUACGCCACCCGCCUCAUCCAGAUGAGACCCUUCCUGGAGAGCAGGGCCCGGCAGCACUGGGGUGCAACCGUGCUGGUGCGGAAGCUGUGUGAGCUACAGCCUGGUGAGCGCUGCUGUGUCGUGGGGACUCUCUUCAAGGCCAUGCAGCUGCAGCCAUCCAUCCUGCGGGAGGUCAGCGAGGAGCACAACCUGCUCCCGCAACCACCGCGGAGCAAGUACAUCCACCCUGAUGAUGAGCUGGUGCUGGAGGACGAGCUGCAGCGCAUCCGGCUGGAGGGCACCAUCGAUGUCUCACGGUUGGUCACAGGGACGGUCCUGGCUGUGCUGGGCUCUGUGAGGGAUGAUGGGAAGUUCAUGGUGGAAGAGCACUGUUUCGCUGAGCUGCCCCCGCAGAAACCUGCAGCCCCCCUGGACUCCGACCGGUUUGUGCUGCUGGUGUCAGGACUAGGCCUGGGUGGUGGUGGCGGCGAGAGUCUGCUGGGCACCCAGUUGCUGGUGGAUGUGGUGACAGGGCAGCUGGGGGACGAGGGCGAGCAGAGCAGCGCUGCUCGGGUCGCCCGUGUCAUCCUGGCUGGGAACCUGCUCAGCCCCUGCACUCAAAGCAGAGACUCCAUCAACAAGGCCAAGUACCUCACGAAGAAGACCCAGGCGGCCAGUGUGGAGGCCAUCAAGAUGCUAGAUGAGAUUCUCCUGCAGCUAAGUGUUUCAGUGCCUGUGGAUGUGAUGCCUGGCGAGUUUGACCCCACCAACUACACGCUGCCCCAGCAGCCGCUGCACCCCUGCAUGUUCCCCCUGGCCACCACCUACUCCACGCUACAGCUGGUCACCAACCCCUAUCAGGCCACUAUCGACGGGAUCAGGUUCUUGGGCACGUCGGGGCAGAAUGUGGGCGACAUCUUCCGCUACAGCAGCAUGGAUGACCAUCUGGAGAUCCUGGAGUGGACCCUUCGAGUGCGGCACCUCAGCCCAACGGCUCCCGAUACCCUCGGCUGUUACCCUUUCUACAAAACUGACCCGUUCGUCUUUCCCGAGUGCCCACACGUCUACUUCUGUGGCAACACCCCCAGCUUUGGCUCCAAGAUCAUCCGAGGCAAGUUUAAUCUUCUGGCUAUCCCAGGAUUCUGGGCACAAGGUGGACAUGGGACAAAAGGUGGCAUCUGCUUGCAGGUAGCCAUGGGCUGGUCUGGGCUGAGCCUCGUCAGUGCUGCUCUGGGCAUGGCUGAACUUCCAUAGUAACUGCAGCCCCAUCCUCUGUCUGACCCUCCGCUCU